AUGCAGGUCUCAAGGUCGACGAACCUCACACAGCUUCGACGAGCAGACGGGACGCUGACGGACGGCCCUAAGGAGCUAGAGAGGGUGAUGUUCGACGGCUUCGAGGCGAAAUACGGACAUGCCCCUCCACCCCCAAGCGCCGACGUGCUCGAGUGGCUCGACGUUGUCCUAGCGGACCGGCAGCAGCCCAACCAACAGCUGAGCAAUUACCCCUCCUUAACCGAACGGCUGAGCCCGGAAGCUAUUAAACGAGCGAUACGUAAGCUGGGCAACGGCAAGUCCACACCAGACAACACGCCUGGGGAGAUCCUGAAAUGGUCACCGCCAGUGGUCAUGGAGACAUUCCUGGACGCACUAUUUAUUUUGAUCCACGGAGGCCAACCCCUGCAUAUCCUUGGAGAAGCCACAACCUCCUAUAUAUACAAGAAGAACGACCCGGACGAGCUGAGCAGUUGGAGGCCGGUAUCAGCCCAAAACCCAUUUAUCAAGGCCGUCGCCAAGACCCUUCAAGCUGAAUCGGAAGAGCUCGCUGAGAAGCACGGCAUCAUUGCUGAGCAGCAAAAGGGCUUCCGCAUUGACUCAUCUUGCCAUCACCAAGUUGCCACGCUCGCUCACCUUAUCUCAGACGCACAGGCGCACGAGGAAGAGAUUUGGAUAGGAUACAUCGACCUGUCUGAUGCGUAUGGCUGUGUUGACCAUCAGACCCUGCUUGAGAUCAUGGUCUGA